AUGAUGGAGAAAUCCCAGAAUGCAAAAUCAUCAAGCGAUGGAGAAAUCACAGGACAACAAACAAAAACAACAUCACCACAAUCAACAGAAUUGCAAGAUGAAAAUAAAGAGGUGGAGACGAAGGAGGAAGAAAAUAUACCCCAAGAAAUAGAGGUGAAACAAGAACCACAACAACAAGAGGAGGUGGAUGCAACUAAAGUAAAUAAAGAUCAUGAAGAUCAGUCAGAAUCUGAAUCAAUGGAUAUAUGCCAAGGAGAGCAAGAUAAGGAGGAACAGAAAGCAACAACACAUGAAGAAACACAUCAGAUGGUGGAGCAACAAGAACCACAAGAGCAAACAAUGGACAUAAAUGAAGAUCAUGAUCAGCCAUGUGAAAAGAAAACCACAAAUGAAAUUCCAAAUUGUCAAUAUACUGAUGAAGAAGAAGAUGAACUAUUGAAAUCAGAUGAAGAUGAAGGGGAUACAAAGGAUAAUAAUACUUCGUGUGCAUCAAGAAGAGGAAAAUCCAGUGCACACUAUGUUUCAAUGGAACAAGAAGAUGAAUUAUUAAAAAGUGAUGAUGAAGAAGACGAAGGAGAAAGGAAACAAACUCCCACUCCUUUAGCAACAACUCCCAUGGAAGUUGGUACAACCACCCAAGUUAUUGAAGAUGAGCCAGAAGGGCAACAAAAGGAUCAUUUAGAAACAAAUGAAGAUGACCCAGUUAAGCAAGCAGAGGAUGUGGUAAUAAGAGAAGAAGAGGUUAAUCGAGUAGAAAUUCCACAUGGAAGUGAAAGAACAUCUAAACGAGAAAAUAAAGACAAUCCAAAUCAUCGUAUUCUUUAUCAAUUUGAUAUAGAUGAUGAUGAAAGUCAAGAAAGUCAACCGAGUAAACGCUCAAAAACAAUGGAAGAGGAUGAUGUUAGCUUACCUGCACAACAAGUCAUACGCACAAUUGAAGAAAACAGCCGAGAUGAUGAUGGUAAAGAAAAACAAGCGUCUCCCCUAAGAGAGGAUGAUCAGGAAAGCGCUUCGAAUACUCCCUUGAGAAAUGUUCCCCAAACCUCAUCUAUGGAAGAAGAUGAACAUUUAAGCAAUCAAUCAACAACAGCAGCAGCUACAACAAAUCCAUGUAUAGAAAAUGUUGAAGAAGAAGGCCAUGGACAGGAGGAACAAAUGCCAACAAUUGGAGGAGAACCCGACGAGAGUAUAGCAAAUGAAGAGGAUACAACAACAACAAAAUCCCCGCCACCACCACCAUCACCUACAAAUGUAGCAUUUGUUAAUGAAAAUUCCCAAUCGAAUGACAACAUAAAUUCUUCACUAGAUAAAGAAGACAUGAAAACAACAAAGAGUUGGAGUUCUUUUGAUAAUGCCUCCUAUCUUACCAAUGAACAUCAUCAUGACGGAGAAGAUGUGCAAGAAGAAAUUGUAGAUAAUGGAGAAGAAAGCAAACAAUCUCAAACACCAAAAUUAAAUGGUGAUCAUUAUGAUCAUGGGCAUCAGAGUGAUAAUGAUGAUAUGAAAUGCAGGGAAACUGAUGGGGCUGAUGAUGAUGUAAGCAAUCACAGUAGACAAAGUAUAUUGACGUUUCCACAUCCACCACAAUCUACAACGGCAGAGGCAAAAUCACCUUCCACAUUAUCACAAAACCAGGAAGAAGUACGACCAACAGUUGAUAUGACACCCAAAAGCUCACCCAUUAAUUCUCCUUUGAGUUCACCACAACAUGAAGAACACACUAGCGACUAUCAAAAGGAAAUGUCUACAGCAAGUGCUGACGCCGCUGAUGAUGAAGAUAUUCCUCAAAACAAGUCCCCUGCCUCUUCAUUGCAAUUACCACAAAGUGAGGAGGCUCGAAUUGAUUUUCACAACGAAAACAGUCAAGAAGAAAUGCCUGAAUUUCCAGCAACCGAACCCCAACAUCGAAGUGAUAACAGCCAUAUGAGACAAAUGGAACAAAGUCCAUCUCCACGAUUGUUUAGGGAACAACAACAACCACAUAGCCCAUCUCCUUCACACUUACCUCUGGCUACCACUAAUCCCGAUGAUGAGGCCAGUCGUGCUUCAAUGCUUUCAUCAGCAUCCUACUCAACAUCAUCAUCCCAGCAAUUGGUUAUUGAUCAUCCUAUGGAUGAGACAGCCAAGGAAGAGAAAGUUAAGCCACUUAAAAUUUGUCUAAAACGUAAGCUAUCCCGCAGCAGUGAUGAUGUUGGGGGUUAUACUCUAGAACCCAAACAAAAGCAAUUGCAUUUAAAUGAAGAAUACGGAGAAGAAGGAAAUUUUCAAAUGGCUACAGAAAAUUCGAAUACAACCGAGAGAUUUGAAACAAAUGGUACCUCUGUAAAAUUCCCUUACCAUGAUAGGCAACCGGAAGCAGUGAUUGAUAAUUUUAAUUUGGCAAUAAAAACCGAAAUAAAUGAACAUCAAGAGCAUGCGGAACCUGUUGCACAGCCACAACCUGCUUUUAAAUCCUUGCUACUACAGCAACUGGAGAAACCCAUCAUGGCGCCCAAUGUUAGCAAUCAAUCAGUGUAUACAACAGGCAAUUCUCAAGCCACCACUCCCAUGGGUGUAACAUCUCCACCCUUGAUGCCACAGGCUGUUCCUCCCUUUUUGCCACCAACUGAUUUGUUAUCAACACCAGUGUCAAUAUCAGAGCCAAAUCCCAUUUCUUUAGAUCCCAGCAACCCUCUUCCGGCUGUGCUCAAGACACCAACAACAAAAUAUCUUUGUUUCAAAUGUAAAGUUGGGAGCUAUGAUUCUCUAGCAGCUUUAACCGAACAUCAAGUAAUGUGUCUGUCGCAGCACAGCUUAUUUCCCAUGCCAGUUGCUCCACCGCCAGUUGCAAAAAUUACAACUCCACCACCUGCAGCAUGCACACCACCUCCUAAUACCAACAUGAGCUUAACCCUGGAACCAACUAAGGCAACAACCAUGCCCUUGGGAGAAAUGCCAGCCAAUACCACGGCUCCAGUAAUUAGCAAAAAGCGUUUCUACAAAUGUUCCAGCUGUAAUACGUUUCAUGAAAAUUGGAAUUUAUUUCUGCACAUUCGGGAAAUCCACAACCGACACAUGUGUAUGUAUUGUGUUCGUUUCUUUCCCACAGCAGAGAAAUUGGCAUUGCAUUUGGAAAUCAAACAUGACCUGGAGCAAACCCAUUUCAAUUCUGAGGAAUCUCUGCGUAAAAGUAUACCACAAAUGGAGGGAUAUCCAUUGGAGACGCGUUUUCUUAUGUGCUGUACCUGUGAACAUGUAUUCAAGGAACAGGAUCAAUUCUCGCAACACGACUGCUCGGAAUACAUCAAGCCGUGUGCGUUGUGUGGCCAAAAAGGCCGGCAUACCAAUCAGUGUAAGGCCCAUCCGGAUAGUAAACGUUUUUCCAAACUAAAGAAGAAAAAGGAGAAGACACCUUCUCCACAGAAGUCACAGGCACAGGAAAGGCCUCCAAUGGAUUUCAAUGUUCCCGCCUUGUUGCCUCCCACCACACAAGCAGUUGGUUCCCAAUUUCCAUUAAAUCCUCCCACCACAAUAUCAUCAUCCAAUUCCAAUUUGAACUGUGAUAGUGGCCGUAUUGUUAAACGACCACCAGCUCCUCCAACAAAUGUUAUGCAUAGCGAAGAUAGCAACAGUAGCAGUAAUAUGGUCAUCGAUGAAUCCUGUAAUGUGAAUAAUCAACUUCCAUUAGCACCGCCAACAUUACAACAGCAGCAACAACCACAAUUGCAAAUAUCAAAUGUUCCACCUGCGCCUGUUACAGAAACUCCAGCCUCAAAUGACUUGUGGCAACAGCGGCAGUUUAGAACAACACCCAUGGAAAUUGAGGUGCCACCAGAUAGGCCAACUGCCAUUAACACCGAAAAACCUAAUGAAGUGGCUGUCGAGGAGAAGCCGCAGCAGGAGGAGGAAAAACACGAAGUUGAGAGUCCAAUUAAAAAAGUACCUCCACUUAAACUUGUGGUGCCCAAAUUUAAACUGCGGGUACCCAAAGAGUUUCAAAAACCAGUGGAUGAUGCCCUUUCUUCUUCGGAAAGCGAAGAAGCCGAGGCAGAUGGCGAUGAUGACAAUGACGCUGAGGCUGAGGCAGAUGAAGAGCAGGACAACCACAAUAGUAGUAAUAAUAACACCAACAAUUCCCUAAAUGACGAGACAAUUAGAGAAACGCAGCAACAGCAAAUGCAAAAUAUGCUUAGCGAAACCACCCCUGCCAAUUCUCAAGACAACGAACAAAACUCCGUCACUGAAUCUGCCACUGAAGCUGGCAACUCCCAAGAUGACAAUGAAAGUGGUAGGGAAAGUAGGGCAACUGUACAUCAUUCACUAUCGCAGGACGAUGAUGAUUCAUUGGAUGAACCGAAUUCCAAUUUGGUACGUAUCAUGCAGGAGAUUGAACGCACCAAAAAGGAUAUAAAACGUACCAAGAAAACCUCCUUCCGUCACAAUCAGAACAAGCUGUUUGUGGAGCCACGUCAGCCAACCCUGUCGCAGAGUAGUAUAAGAACAGCUGAUCACAAUUGGUCGCCAACACCACCAGCCUCACCCAAUUCUCGUUGGUUUACACCGCGUAGGGCCACGAUAUCACAAAGUGAUGAGCCAUUCAAUCGUCAGCGAUUUGCCGAAAAUGAAGAAUCUUUGAUAAGGCAGCCCACCACAAGUCAAUCGGAGGUGGACGAGAUGCCACAAUUGUCUCAGGCAGUCGUUAACACAUCAUUAAUCUCAACAAUGUACAAUGAAAACAGUAAUUCCACACAUGUGGCUCAGGAACGACGUGAUACCAUUGGCAGUGAUAUGAUGGACAUUGAUGAGACCAUUACAGCCCAACCAACACAGACUAUUUUUGGAGAGGAAUCCAAACGCCCCGGUAGUGGUGAUGGUCAGCUAAAUUCUUCCAAGGAAAGUGCGGAUAAUGAAACAAUGGAAACCACACAGACAACAGAUAAUGAUGAUGGAAAUUCCACUCAAGAAGAAGAAGAAGAAAUUCGUUCACAAGAGCCACAAGAAAAACAGGAAGAAGAAUCGCAAGAGGACGAGGAGGAGGAAGAAGCCAAUCUCCCAUUAUCACAAAAUACCGAAUCCCAGCAAUUGGAUGAACAUUCCGAAUCUUUGCCACAAACUCAAAGUACCGCGAACACAGAGCAAACUACUAGUGAAGAUCCUCAAAGCACAUUCAAACAACAGCAAGAAGAUGCCGAAGAAGACGAGGAAGAAGAAGAAGUUGAUAUUGAUGUUUGUGAUACCAAGGAACCAGAUGAGACCAUUACAAAACCUCUAGAAACAACAUCCCAUCCAGAGAAUGAUCAACAAUUGCAACAACCUGUAAAAUUACCACCAGCAGAUGGCAUUGAAGUUGCCGAUGAGGAUACGCUAACCUUAGAUUUGCAAUUGGAUCAACCUUUGGAUAAAUAUGAAAUUGUGGAAUUUGUUAGAAUCUGUUUGAAAACAGUCUACCACACUUGUCUGUACUGCAAUCAUGCCCGGCGCAUUGCAGUCAAUGGCAAAAGUUUAGUACUGCAUAUGAUUGCCGAACAUCGUUUCACGGCCACUGUUGACAGCAUAACGGCAGAGGAAUUGAAAGCCGAUACCAUAGUGGCUAAAUUGAAAAGUUUCCUUCCCGAUUUGGAGAAUCAUUAUUUCAAUGCCAAUAGCUAUUGUACCCUGGGCAAUGGGGCAUUCACCAAACCCUUCAAUGAACGUAUUUUCGAAUGUUUCCAAUGUCGUGUAGUGGCCUCAACGCACAAGGAACUCUAUUUGCACAAUCGUAAAAUGCAUUUGCGCACCGCCAUCCUGUGUUUCAUGUGUCGUGCCAACUUCUUUAGCUUCAGUGAAAUCCUGUGCCACAUUUGCCCUGGAGCUCCCAAUAAAGUGUCCGUGUUUGAUGUCCAGUUUCGUUGUUGUUUGUGUGAUUUGGAGAAUAUACCCUCACCAUUUCGUCUUAUGGUGCAUUUGCGUAAAAAGCAUUUUGCCUGUGACGUGUGUCUGGAGGAUUGUCGUGAUCAAAGUAAACUGUCCUCCCACGUAUGGAAGCACAAGCUGCAUCAUUUGUGUUACCGUUGUGGCAUUGCCUACCGCAAUAAAUUGGACAUUACGAAGCAUUUGUUUUGGAAGCAUGGCACGGAGAGUACCAUCUGCAAGAAAUGCUUGCAGAAGAAGUGGCCACAUGUUUAUCAUUUUUGUAUACCACCCCAAACAUUUGUGUGUGAGGUUUGCAAUCUUUGCUUCUCCAAGGCCAUGUAUUUGAGGGUCCACAAACGCAUACACUCGGGAGAUUUCCGUUAUCCUUGUAUUGAAGAUGAUUGUGAGGAGAAAUUCAUUUCAAGGAAACUUUUGCUCAAACAUGCAGCUAUACAUUUGCCACCACCACCACCACCUGUUGAACCAGAAAAAUCUGAAGACAGCAAGGAAAAUUUUGCCAUGGACUCCAGUAAUGCGGAUGUGAAAACGGAUGCUACUUCCACAGACAUAAAGCCAGAUAUUGUCAUAAAGAAAGAACCAAUGGAUGUGGAUGAACAGGAAGAUGGUGGCAACCUCAAAAUGGAAACUCCAGAUCAAUUUAACGACAAAAAGGAAGAAAAAGUUGGAGGCGAAGCAAAGGCAGAAACCACAGGAUCUAAAGAAAAUGAUGCCAAAGACGCAGAUACGCCCCGCAAGAAACGUAAGAAGAGUAAACGGCGUAAGGAUUUAUUGGAGGAUUUGAAUUUCGCAGCUCCCAAUCUCUCCGAAACCGAUUCUAGUGGUGAUGAUUCUGAUUCCGAUUCGAAGACCCGCAGUGAAAUAGAUGCCAUGCCUAGGGUAAUGUUAUCACCACCCUCCGAAACAGAAGGUGAUGAGGCAUCCAAAACGGGAAAUCUUAAUCCAGAUGAAUCGUCGCAACCGGGUAAAGUUUUAGAAAUUUGGCAAAAUUUCCUGAAAAAUCAAAAUGGCGAAAAGGAAAAAUCAACUGAACCCAAAGAAAACAACAAUGGCAUUAUGUAUGGCCCUGUUCACAUUGCUCUAUCAGAUCAUGAUUAUUGCAAACUCUACGAACUACCACCACCGCCUCCACCGCCUGCAGCACCCAAGGAGCCCAUUUUCAAAAAGCCAGACAUUGACUCAACUCCUGAAACAUCUCCCAUUAAACAGAGAAAGCAGAGUAAAUCGCCUCGACGUACAUCUAGAAGAUCCGAUGCAUCGUCCUCCUCAAGUGAUUCAAGCUCAGAUUCUGACUCCAGUUGUUCUUGUGGCUCCAACUGUUCAUGUUCCUCAUCCAAUUCAGGAUCUUCGUCAUCAUCAUCCUCAUCUGAAGAAACUGAUUCUUCGGUUGCAUCCAAUGCAUCCGUUCGAAAGAGACAUCGCAAAAAAUCAGAACGUGAUCGUAUGCGCAAGCGCAGUGAAAGUGCAUCGCCACUCAAACAGCCUAACAAAAAUUCUGGGAACGAUGUUAUAAACAUUGAAGAUGAAGAAGAUCAACAGAAAGUAGAGGAAGUUAGGCCACCGUCACCACCAAAAGAACCGUUGAUCUAUGAGAGUGAUUUGGAAACGAAUGAAUCAGAAACCGAUGAAGAGUUCUAUGAUGAACAUCCACAAAAACUGGCCACAGAAUUGUUGGCCCAGAAAAGAGCUCAGCUUAUGGCUCAAACGAGGUUAUCGCCUUCGCAUAACUUUGAUAUUGUGGAGAAUAGUAGGCCCUCAACGCCAUCAUUGCCAGAAGAAGUGGCCUCCAAUGAGCGGCCCAAAAUCAAGGUGAAAAAGAAGAAGCGAGAUCGCAAAUCAUCCUGUAAAGGUGGUCAUGGCCAUAGCACAGAACAAAUUGCGCCGGCGCAAAUUCCUCUUACGAAACAUACUAAUUUGGCAAAUCAAGAUUUGAUUAACCCAACGCAUGGUGUUAUGCCUCAAACAUCUUUGAUGAAUCCUGUGAUGGAGCCAUUACCCACAACUAUGGCUCCGGUGGUUUAUCCAACACAUCCCAAUAUUGUGACAGCUCAGAAUAUUUAUGCCCCACCACCGCCAGUGUUGAUGCACUCCAAUGAACAACCAUUGACACCCAGGCCCAUCACAAUGCCACCAUAUGGCGGUGCUAGCGGUGGUGGUGCUGGUCAUCAUCGCAUGAGUGAAGGCAGCAGUUGUUCUGAUGUCGAUGGUUCGCUGAAGCGAUCCAAACGUGCCAGAAGACCCAAUAAAUUCUAUGGUUACACCAGUGACGAUGAGAAUAUUGCCAAUGGGCCACCAUUGAUGAUUGGCUCGCGAGCCUUCAAGCCACAACCACCACCGCAGUUGACAUGGCGCAAAGAAGAUCUACCCACACCCUCGAAGAGUAUACUCAACAACAAGAAUAAGAGUCAUAAGACACCAAAAACCCCAGCCAGUGCUGCCAAUAACUUGUUUGGCAACAGCAGCUUUACCGGCACAUCCAGUGGUAAAAAGAAAUCGCGCCUAUCAUUGACAGGUGGUGACAAAUCAGCACGUAAACGGCCAUCGAAGAAGAAAGGAGAGGGAAAACUACCACCCAUACCGACGCUAAAAAUUAGACCCUCUGAAAUAGGUCUUAAUACCACACGAAACCAUGAAGCGCCCAAAGUGGACCACUACAAUACCUCGGACACCAGUAGUGAUGAUGAGACCACAACCGCGCCCAAUUUGCACACACCUACAACAUCGAAGGUGGGCUUCAAGCCCAAAAUUAAGUUUGGCAAUAAUUCGGCAACUGCUCCCAUCUUGCCCUCGCAACCACCUCGUCCACCAUCACCCCAGACGAAAGCAUUCAAUCACAAAAUACCACCUGCCCUCUUGCCAAAUCCUGACUUUGCAACGCUGCAAUACUUUAAGGCCAACAAUAUUCGCUAUCCCAUACGGCCACCGGCCGGCGCUAGACAGGCCCGAGAAGGUGAAUCGGUUUAUUGUUACUGUCGCUGUCCCUACGACGAGGUUUCCGAAAUGAUAGCCUGUGAUGGUGAGAAUUGUCUAAUCGAAUGGUUUCAUUUUGAGUGUGUGGGCAUUAUGGUGGCUCCACAGGGUAAAUGGUUUUGUGCUGAAUGUCGUCCGAAAUAUUCAGAGGAGCUAUAUCCGACCACGGCAAUUGGACACAGUAAUGUUUAG